AUGGCCUUGCGGCUGGCAACUCUUCUGUCGCCUAACCGUCCCUGGCCUGCAUCUUCCUGCUCCCCAUUCCCGCCCCAGAGCCCAGGCACAGAGCAGCUGAUCCGAGAGUUAUCAUCAGAGGAGCCGGAAGGCUGCGAUCCGCUGGCAGCGGUGGCGGCCGCGGCGGCCAGGGCGGCAGUCACACAGUGUGACGGCGGCGAGUGGACACCCAAGGAAGCCGCUCGCGCGGGCCUGCGCAGCGUGCUGCCAGGCCUGGAGCGGGCCAGCGUGACCCUACCCAGCACCAGCGACGAUGCCGGCGACCAGCUGCCGGGCGGCAACACUGCUAGCAGUUGCACCGUGGUGAUCGUCCCGCAGCAGCCGGCAGCAGCAGAAGGCGAGCGGGGCCUUGGCCCACGCACACCCUCCUCACUCAGCAGCCGCGCGACGCACCUGUGCCUGCCAUUGCCAAGCGACUGCGCCAGCCGCGGCGCGAUCCCUGAGGGCCAGAGCAACACCGCCGGCGGCAGCUGCACCUUUCAUCUCAAGCAGCCGCCAAGCGCAGCCGAGCAGAGCGCCCUGCAGCGCUUUGUGCGGCUGCUGGCACACCGCGUGGAGGCGGAGCGGCGCCACCUGGCCAAGGCGCAGCUCGAGGAUUCACUGGAUGCCAUUUCAGAAGGGCUGUCCCGCGGUGCCUCUCUGGACUGUGUGGCCACCGCAAGCCAGGAGCAGCUGUCCUCCAUACUUGGUGCAGGCCGCCAGGCCUCCCUGGAGGCGGCGUGUUCCCAAGCCCAUACCUGUGCUGACAUCACCGCUGAGGAAGGCGCGGCCUGCCUCACGCGCGGCAGCCUAGGGCGGCAGGCCAUGCGCCGCCGUUGCCGCCAGCGUGGCCAUCGCUGCUGCCAAGGUGGGCGCUCAACAGGUUGCUUCUGCUGCAUUCGGGGGGGCAUCAGCAUGCAGCAGCCAACCUUUCCAUGCGUGUGCAUUGCUGCAAGCGCCUGCACUGCCUCUGCUGGGCUGCAGACCAAGACCACCUUGCAAAGCGCGGUGCGCAAGUGGCUGGCUGUCAACACGGCAGGCGAGUCGCUUCAUCUGGAGCUGGCCAAGCUGCGCGUCACACACUACCUCGGCGUGCAGCUGCGGGACCUGAGGCUGCUAGACCCCCAGCUUGCCCUGAGCUACCCGUCUGCCAUCCUGGCUCGUGAGCGCGCCAUAGUGGUCAACCUGGAAUUCAUAAAGUGCAUCAUCGCCCAGGACAACAUCUACAUCACAAACCUGGAUGACCUCAACACCCAGUCGUUUGUGGAGGAGCUUCAGCGGCGGCUGCGCUCGCCCGCGGGCAGCUACAGCAUGUUUUCUCCCUCUUCUGCCAACCUGGCCGGCGGCAUGGGCCAUGCUGAGCCGGGCAUGGGCUUCGCAGAUGGCAUGGACGGCAGCGGCGGCAGCCCGGAGCGAGGGGCCGGGGGCGGGCAGGGGACCCACACGCCGCGCGUGAGCAGCCUGAUGGCGGCCCCCGAGAACCUGCCCUUUGAGCUGAGGGUGCUGGAGGUGGCCCUGGACACGGUGGCGCAGCACAUAGAGCACCUGACUGGGGACCUGGAGCAAGGCGCGCAUCCGGCCCUGGAUGCGCUGACGCUAAAGAUCAACACCAGCAACCUGGAGCGUGUGCGGCGCAUCAAGAACAGGAUGGUGCGGCUGACCACCCGCGUGGAGACGCUGCGUGAGGUGCUGGAGAAAUUUCUGGAUGAUGACUCAGACAUGAAGGACCUGAACCUGACCGCAAAGGAGGAGGAUCGUUCUGACAUCAACGAGCGGCGAGCAGCCAUGGCUAUGCCGUUUGACGUGCCGCUGCCGUUCAAUGCGGAGACGGCGCAGGAGUCGUUACCGGCCACGCCACGGCCUCAGGUGCAGUACAGCAGCGCCUCCUCGGCUUCUUCAGACUCGACAGAUCUGGCUGAUGACCCGGCUGUGGAGGUGGUGGAGAUGGUGCUGGAGCCCUACUUCAUGCAGGCGAGAUUCAGCAAAGAGCAGAGUGCUAACAGCCUCAUGUUCGCCCCGCAGAUCGAUAACACGUACAACAAGCUGCAGACGCUGUGCGAGUACAUUGACGACACAGAGGACUACAUUGCCAUCCAGCUAGAUUCUCACCGCAACGCGCUGAUCCGGUUGGACAUUGUGCUGACGGCAUUUACUGCCUCCGUGGCCCUGAUCACCGCCAUCACGGGCCUGUUUGCCAUGAACGUGAUGCUGCAACCGGACUCAGAGGGGCAGGCGCCCUACAGCUGGUUCCUGGCUGUGUCCAUCAGCACCGGCAUAGGCGCCAUCGUCAUCUUCACUACUGUUAUGAUCUACUGUCGCUGGAAGCGGCUGAUCUGAUCGAGGCUGCCGCCUUCAGUCGUUGACAGUGACAGAUAGAUACCUGCUAUUCCCAUGGAGCAUGAUUCAGGUCCUGCUCGCGGUGCUGUGACCCACUCCUCAUAAACUCCGACCUGACUGCCCGUCUACCAUCUUGACCCUCGACUACCAGGCGCUCUCGUUGGAGCACUAUGCAGUACCUCCCUCUUUGCGCCUGGUCUGCAAAUUACUACUGUUGUUUUAUGCCAUAUGCAGUUCUCAACCCACAGCCCCCCAGCAGUGUUUUGUCUCUCCUAGCGAAAUAUGCUCGCCGCCCCCGCAUUGAGCCGCUUGCCGCUUGUCAUUUAUUAUUUUGCUGCAAUCUCUGUAUUGCUCAUCCCUUUCUUACGAGUCGCCUUGUAAAGUAAGAUGCACCC